UGGAGAACCUGUUGUAGAUUUGCGGUUGCCAAUGGAGACAACUUUCGCAAGUUCCUUGUUUCCCCCACCACACAGCGCUGUUGUCGGUUCUCGAGCCAGCUGACAAGCGGCUUCAUCCAACUCUCCUCAGUUAGCGUUCAGGUCGGCAGCCGACAAGUGCCCAGUGUCUCUCUGCACACUUUGAAAAGCAAAAUUCAACAUAACCUUUGUUGUAUUGUGCUUUUCCAAUUACCGUCUAUUAUUUUAUCCACGUGGUUGAAAUAAUAUAUCAAUCGAUUAUCGUCACGCCGAUUUCCGCUCGCUGGAGAAUUAUUUAUUUAUUUAUUAUAUUUAUUACAUAAAUAAUAUACAAAAUGAAGUCGAAAGUAGCUCUUAACAACAACGAGAACGGUCAGGUGGAUCAACACAGCUGUGAUAAUAGCAAAUACGAGUCGCAUACCUGUUCUCAAAUCAGCCAUAGACAUAAGAAUAAGGAUGACUUUAGCAAGGACUCUUCAGAAGCUAAGGAUGGCUUGCUCUCACAAACCGAUGUACAAAACAAGAAGAGUUCGAAAAACACUUCUAUGGAUUGUGUGACAUUGCUAAGUUAUGAAGAUGCACCCAGCUAUUUGCAAUUCAACCCAUACAUUCUUAAUGGCUACCGAGGAUACAUGUCGACAAAAAUGUGCCUGGAAAGCAUGUUCUGGAUGACAAAUGAAACAAUCAACAUAUGGAGCCAUAUCUUCGGCUGGAUGCUAUUCUUGGGUCUCACUCUCUAUGACCUCUGUUUACUAAACAUCCAUGCCUCUUUCACUGACAAAUUCAUUGUUGGUCUACUUCUUGGAUGUUUCCAGAUCUGCAUGGUGAUGUCUUCUCUAUAUCAUAUCUUCUCCUGUCGCUCGGAAGAGCAUUUCAACUGUUUCCUAUCCUUUGAUCUCCUGGGCAUAGCUCUCAGUAUGCUUGGAAUUUAUAUGACCGGUGUCUAUUAUGCAUACUGGUGUCAUAAGGGGUGGCAGACCUUCUACCUGUCAUCGGUAUGUGCAAUUUUCCUGGUAGCGAUGGUUCUUCAGCUGCCCAGCCUGAAGGUCGAUGACAAUGUCAAGUUGAUGGUUUUCGUAAUGUGGGCUGCCUACGGAGUGGUCCCCACAUUCCACUGGACUGUCAUGAUGGGAGGACUCGAAAAUCCUGUUGUAUCUCUCUUGCUACCGAGGGUGGUUAUUAUGUACGGAAUCAUUGGGUUAGCCUUCUUCAUUUAUAUCACAAGGGUUCCUGAACGAUUUUUCACUGGUAAGGUUGACUACAUCGGCUCAUCGCACCAGCUGUGGCACCUGUUCGUGGUGAUCGCUCUCUACUACUGGCACAACACGGGCAUCAAGUACAUCGAGUACAGAAUGAACCACGGCUGCGCCCACGACAUGCGCUUAUGAUCGUGAACCAGCUCAAGCCCCGCAGGCACAAUGGCUAAUUUCAACUACAAUAUUUUUCCAGUCAUGACACUGAAUUAUAUUAGUAAGGUUAAUAAUGCAAUUUGUGAUGUUAUGUCUGAAAGUACGUUCCGAGUCAAACGUGCUUGUAUAUUUUCAGUGUGCUGUGAUCAAAUAUUCGAAGUAAGAUAGUGUAAGGGUUACUGUUACUCUAGACUGUACAAAUGUGACACAUACUCAAUAUGCUUACAGUAAACAAUCACUACCGUUGUUGCACCGUAAUCUUGUAAAGUCUAGCAGAUUGUAAAACUGAGGGAAAUUCAGCUUUCUGUUAGGGACUGACAAUAUUAAGU